AUGACCAUCGAAGAGCAGGUGCCCGAGGAUUUCAACAACGCCCACAAGGCCGACUUCAAGUCCAUCUACAACCAGCCCGACCCGCGCGCCUACUUCGCCGCCUUGACGCCGCUGGGCUACCAGAUACCACAGCGCGCCCUCCCCGUCAUCGACCGCGUCCUGGCGCUCUCGUCGGUCACGCACGAUGCCACCACCACCACCACCACUACCGACGACAACGUCGAACCGGGCGUCAUCAAGGUCCUAGACGUGUGCUGCUCCUACGGCAUCAACGCCGCCCUCCUCCGCCUCGACCUCGACCUCGACGGCCUCGCGGCGCACUACGCCUCCACGCCAAAACUUUCGGCCGCCGAGCAGACAGCCGCGGACAAGCGCUUCUUCGCGUCGCGCCCGCGGCGGCCCAGGGUGGAGGUUCUCGGGCUGGACUCCGCGCCCGGGGCGGUGUCCUACGCCGUGGAGACGGGGCUCCUGACGGCCGGCUUCGCGGAGGAUCUGGAGGUCGCGGAGCCCUCGCCGGCGCUGCGGGCCGCGCUGCGGGACGUGAGCGUCGUGGUGUGCACGGGGGGCGUGGGCUACGUGUCGGCGACGACGUUCGCGCGGGCGGCGGCGUGCGUGAGGGACGCCGGGCGGCGGCUGUGGGUGGUGUCGUUCGUGCUGCGCGUGUUCCCGUUCGAGGGGGUCGCGGCGCGGCUGGCGGAGGAGCACGGGCUCGUGACGGAGAGGAUCGAGGGGACGGUCUUCCGGCAGCGGCGGUUCAUCUCGGGCGAGGAGCGGAGGGCGGCGGUGGAGGACGUGAGGAGGAGGGGGUUGGACGAGGGCGGGCUGGAGGCGGACGGGUGGUUCUGGGCCGAGUGCUGGGUGACGAGGCCGAGGGGGGCGGAGGCGCGGAUGGAUGAUGUUUUGGGGUCUGUUGGUGUCUUGAGGGUGUGA